CGCGUUUCCAGGGCAUGCGAUCAGUGCCGUACUGCACGCGAGAAGUGCGAUGGAAACCAGCCGACAUGUUCGCCUUGUUUCGACUUGAAACGAGGGUGUACGUACACCUCAAACCCCAGAAAAAGAGGCUUGCAACCUGGCUACAUACGAAGUCUU